UAGGGGGCACUGAAAGGCAGCUCAGAUGGGCACUUAUGUGGCAUUGAUGUGCACUGAUAGGCACUGAUAUGUGACAUUGAUGUGCACUGGUAGGCACUGAUAUGACUUUGAUGUGCACUGAUAUGUGGCACUGAGAGCUGGCACUGAUGGACACUGACAGCUGGCACUGCUGGGGCUACACUGAAUCAUCAGGGCACACUGAUCAUCAGUGCCCUGAUGAUCACGUGACAGCUCGAGAGGAGAGAAAUGCCGAUAACCGGCAUUUCCCUGUUUACAUGUGAUCAGCUGUGAUUGGACACAGCUGAUCACAUGACCGAGCUGACAU